UUGUGAUACCGGUUUCAAUGGUGCCUACAACAUCAGUAAAGCGGCACACGCAUACAUGCAUAGCACAUUUGUUAUUAUCCGAAAAAAUUCUCCGCGUUCGGCAGAAUGAGCUAAUAAUAUAGACGGCAGUUUAAUAGAUUCUUUCCAUUUGUGCAAACGUUUGGAUACGAUUGGUGACUAAUUAUUGCUCAGUCAUAGUUUGUCGUUGUGUCAACAAUAGUGCGAAUUUUUUUUCUCAAGAAAAUAUCUCUCAACUAGUAGAACAUAUCGACAUUUAGUUUCUUUUCGUUUCAUUUUCUUCGAAACAAUCCCAACAAUGAGCCGAUUUAGCAAAGGUGAUCCAAGCUCCUACUCGGAACCAGAAAACGUUGUCACGCGGCACACGGAUUUGUUCUGGAAUGUUGACUUUGACAAGCAAACCAUCAGCGGUGAAGCAAUCAUACACUUUGAUAUCGUUGCCAAGGAAAUUGAACGUAUUUUGCUCGAUGUCAGCGACUUGACAAUCAGCGAAGUAAAUGUGGUGACGGAAGGUGGAAAGAUUCCGGUAACAUUUACCGUGUCGGAUGAAGUAAAGGAUAUCGGUGCCAAACUGACCAUUGACUUACCGACCAAAACUAGUGGUGAAUUAAAAGUUUCCAUUACAUACGAAACAUCAUCAAAGGCAAGCGGUUUGCAGUGGCUCACCCCAGAAAAUACGUUAGGCAAGAAACAUCCGUACAUGUACAGCCAAUGCCAGGCAAUUCACGCAAGAUCAAUUGUUCCAUGCCAAGAUACUGGCGCUGUCAAGUUCACUUUCAAAGCUGAAGUCACUCAUCCAUCUGAAUUGACCGCUUUGUUGGGUGGUGUUCGCUUGAGUAGCGAGAACGGCAAAACCGUGUACGAACAAACGGUUCCUAUACCAGCCUACCUUCUUGCCAUUGCUGUUGGCGCUAUCGUUUCACGCCCACUCGGAAAAAUCUCCAAAGUGUGGGCAGAAGAAGGUAUUGUCGAUGAAUGUGCCGAAGAAUUCUCAGAAACAUCACAAAUGUUGGCCACGGCCGAAGAAAUUUGCGGUCCAUACGUAUGGAAAAUAUACGAUUUAUUGGUGAUGCCCCCAUCAUUUCCUUACGGUGGCAUGGAAAAUCCAUGCUUGACUAUGAUUACGCCAACACUUUUGGCUGGUGAUAAAUCGUUGGCCACUGUUGUUGCCCAUGAAAUUUCACACAGUUGGACUGGCAAUUUGGUGACAAAUGCCAAUUACGAACAUUUCUGGUUAAACGAAGGAUUCACGAUGUUCUUGGAAGGAAAGAUUGCCGGAAGAAUGUUCGGUAGAGAGGCUCGUGACUUCCAUGCUAUCCAAGGGCUUAGCGAACUGCAAGAUUGUCUUCAAGGUCAAUUGAAGGACACGCCUGAGCUGCAAAAGUUGGUAGUUGACCUAACCGGUUUGAAUCCGGACGAUACAUAUUCUUCGGUGCCGUACAUCAAGGGUCAAAACUUUUUGCGCUACCUCGAGGAUUUGUUCGGUGGGCCAAGCCAAUUCGAGCCAUUCUUCCGUUUCUAUUUGGAAAAGUACAAGUACAAGUCAGUUGUCACCGAUGACUUCAAGAGUACUCUGUACGAGUACUUCAACGGCAAAGCCGAUGAUAAAUUGACGCAAAUCAACUGGGACGAAUGGUUGUACUCGACGGGUCCAUUGAAGAUUGUUCCUAAAUACGAUACGAGCUACAGCGAUGCUGUGCACAAGCAAGUGGAAGUUUGGAACAACAACCCAAUCGAUAAGAUCAAAAAUCACCCGGACAUCGAUACGAAUUUGCAUGUAUGGCAAUUGAUCGGAUUGCUCACUGAGUUGGUACAAAAUCCAAACAAUGUCGAAAUAACCGAAGAAUGGAUCAGUCUAUUGGAAACUACAUAUGGAUUUGUGGGUACACGCAACUCAGCUUUCCUGUUUACAUUGGCACGUUUGUACGUCAAGGGACGAUUGUUCAAUCGCCUGAAUCAAGUGUUCAACUUCUUGAACAGCAACUUCCGUAUGAAGUACGUACGGCCAAUUUAUCGCGAUUUGGAAAAAUGGCCCGAAGCCAAACCGUUGGCCAUCGAAAAUUUCCAGAAGGUUAAAUCACAAAUGAUGAAAUUCUGCGCUCAAUCCGUUGCCAAGGAUCUGGGCAUCACUAUUGAUAUCUAAUUGUUUUGGGCAUCUCCCACAGAUUACAAAAGGUGCAACUAAGUUGCAAAUUGAAGCAAUUUAUAUAAAAACAAAUUGAAUUUAUCACUCCUUCUAAAUAAAUGUUCAACAUUUCUAUUUUUGCAAAAACAAAAA